UAUGCAGUAUUGAAAAGGACAGCGAAGUAAAAUAAGCUGAGUCACAUAACAGAAAUAUCAGAUCUCAGUUUACAACCUUUCCAUAGUUACAUAAGUCUAAAUAAUAAAUCAAAUAGUAAAUAUUUGAAAAUUUAAUUGUGUGCAGGAAAAUACUUAAAACAAAUCAUGAAUCGGCGUUGUUCGGUUGUUCAAAUUCUUACAAUUAUUAUUGGUCUAGUUAAUUUUAUACUUGGUGUACCAAUUCUUGUCCAUAAUUUCCUUGAGAACCAUGACUACGGCGAAAAUGAAUCGAGGGAGGAAAUAAAUGGCGGUUGGAGUUGGACUGUAUUUGACACAGUUAGGCUGACCGUGGUUUUGAGUCUUCUCCUACUUUUGACAAGUUCAAGUAUCGGCUGCGUUUGGUCUGGAUUUGAGACGAAAUAUCAAGAAUUAUUGGCAAGGGGGGCGCUAAUUCUGCUAAAAAUUUCUACCCUAAUCUGCGCAGUGUAUUGUCUGGCAAUGUUCGUUCUCGGUUAUCACUGGAUUAAUUUGAUCCCCUUAUUAGUUUGGGGGUGUGUGUGUCAAUUGAUAUUUUGCGUCGUGAUUUGGACCUACGUAAAGGAAUUGACGGUAAGAAGAGGGGACAGUGAGUUGACGAUCCCGCUGUGAAAUAUUACUCCUUGAAGAAAGUAAAAUUUCGCAUAUUUGUUGUCGCCUGUAAUAAAAAUUGUAUACAUUAUGGAUUACAAGAAUAAAUUAUUAUUUAACAAUUUA